GCACCGCCGGUGCAGUCACCGUCCGAUCCCGGGGCGUUCUCGGGGUCAGUUCUGGAGGAACCGUCGGCGACCAGCUGCGGGGGCGCGGCCUGAUGAAGAAAGUGGCUGCCAAGCUGUCUCCAACCAAGGUGUUAGGUGGGUGCGUGCCGGCGCCGGCCGCUGGUUACUAAGGACGCGUCAGCGAGCGCUGCCGGGCGGGCGAGUGGGGGCGCGGGGUGUCGCCAGGCCUAGUUCAUCCGGCGUCCCGGCGGCGUAAGGCCUUGCUCCUCACAGCUCAAGCGGCACCAUGAAGUCCCUAAAGAAGGAUUCCCGGCUCAGAAUACCCGCCGCAAACAGACUGUUGGAGACCACAGAGAACAUGAAAGAUAAGAAACGGACAAAGGUACCUGAACAGCUCACACCUCCCAUUCAGGAGGAACCCGAGACUGUUAGCAAUGUCCUACAGGGAGAUGACAUCCUUGCCUUAGCGAUUAAGAAGGAAGACUUGAAGAAGCAACACAUUCCACGUCUUCCUGAAGCAGAAGACAGACCUGCCAUUAGACAGAAAUUUGUCAUUCGUAAAUUAAAACCCAAGGAUUCCAGGAGGAGGGUCUGCCACUUAGUAGCACAUCCGGCUACUCCAGAUGCAGCCACAAAGCCCCUGGACUACUCUGGUCCUGGUGGCAGAUUCUGUGGUGGUGACCAGAUCCUGCCCCAUCAUAUCUUGGGGAGCCUCCAGGACUUUAAGAGAAUUGCAGUUGCUCGAGGGAAUAAUGAGCUGGCCGAGAUGAUACACAUCCCAUCCUAUGAGGUACUCUUCAUCAUAUCUAAAGAAGAACCAAAGCAGAAAGUGUCCAAAGAAGAGAAGACAGUUCCUUGGGCUCCACCUCCUCAGCACAACUUUCUGAAAAACUGGCAGCGCAACAUAGCCCUGCGGAAGAAGCAGCAAGAAGCCCUUAGUGAACACCUGGGGAAGCCAGUCAGUGAGCUGCUGAUGAACACUGGGGAGACCUACAGGCGGAUCCAGGAGGAGCGGGAGCUCAUUGACCGAGCGCUUCCAACACAGCAUGACAGGAAGGUCUGUGAGGAGACUGUUGGGUUCUGGAGUCCCCUGGACUAUUUGGGAGAUGAAAUGACAGGUCUGCUAAUGACAAAGACGAAAGCUCAGCGUGGCCUCCUGGAGCCAAUCACUCACAUCAGAAAGCCCCGCUCCAUCCAGCUAGAGACAGGACUGCAGGCUCAGAGGCAGGCUACAUACCGCUACACCUGGGAUCGGAGUCUGUUUCUCAUCUACCGACGGAAGGAGCUGCAGAGCAUAAUGGCAGAGCUGGAUUUCAGCCAGCAGGUUGGUAAUGUUUCUGUGCCCCGGUGCAAAGCCCCUGGGAGGGAACCUAUCUUCAGCCGCCUAAUUGUCCUCUCCGCUCUCUCUAAGGAUAUUGAUGGGCUGGAAGUGGUGGGCAGAGGGCAACCUUUCUCGACUAUCACAGUAGAAGACUUUUUAGUGUCUGAACAGAACCAAGAAAGCUCCUCUGAAGACACAAUAUCCUUCGACAUAAAGACUAGUCAGUCUGACAUGGCCUCCAUGCCAAUUCUCGGUCCUUCUCUGCUGUUCUGUGGGAAACCAGCUUGCUGGAUCAGAGGCAGUACCCCAGAGGACAAGAAGCACAUUGGAAUUGCUGUGCGGUUGACCUUUGAGACAGUAGAAGGGGAGAAAACAUCUUCAGAACUGACUGUGGUUAAUAAUGGCACGGUGGCCAUUUGGUACCACUGGAGGCGGCAGUCCCAGCAGGACUCUUUCCAAGACAUGAAGAGAAACAGGAUGCAGCGGUUUUACUUUAACAAUCAGGAAGGUGUGAUUCUUCCCAGAGAAACUAAAACUUUUACCUUCUUCUUCAAGUCUUUGAAUGCUGGGAUCUUCAGGGAGUCUUGGCAGUUUGGAACCCAUCCCACACUGCUGGGAGGUGCCAUUUUGCAGGUCAAUCUCCAUGCAAUCUCCCUGACCCAGGACCUGUUUAGGGAUGAGAGGAAGUUACUGGAGAGUAAGCUGGCUAUCCACGAGGCAGUUACCAUUGUGAAGAGUGUGCUGCAGGAGAUGCUGGGAGGCAUCCUGACUCCGGAGCGUGCACAGUCCCCCGUGGAUGCCUACCUCACAGAGGAGGACGUGUUCCAUCACAGGAACCCUCAGCUGCAUUACCAGCACCAAGUAGUACAGAGCUUGCACAGACUGUGGCUUCAGUACAUCACCCCACCCCCCAAGAUCGAGGAGACCAAGACUGAGGAGGCCAGAUCCAGGGAUGAAGAGAACACCAGUUCCAAGGCUCGGGCUGCCAGGGGCCAGUCAUCCUUUCUGGAUAAGACACUGAUAAGUGCUGAGCCUUUGACACCAGUUAAAUCCUCAAUGUUGGAACUCCAAGUACCAAAGCAGGAGACUGAGGCCCAAGAUUCCUUUGGGUCCCAGAAGCUUGGGACAGGGAGCAGGAUUUUCCGUCAGAAAAGCAUCAUGGAGGAGAUCCUGGUGGUUGCAAGUCCAGACCCUGAGAGCUUCAAGAGCUCCCCUUCAAGAACCUGGGAGCUUGGUGGCCUUUCUUCACCUGAGUGGAAUCUUUGCUUGGAGGACUUUAGAAAGGCAAUUAUGGUACUCCCUGAGGAGAGCCAGAGAGAAGAUGCCCUGAUCAGACUCAACAGAGCAGCACUGGAGCUAUGCCAAGAGCAGAGGCCCCUGCAGUCUGACCUCCUGUACCAGAUAUGUCUGCAGCUGUGGCGGGAUAUGAUUGACAGCCUGGUGAGCUACUCCCUGUGGCUGAGAGCUCUCCUGGGCCUCCCUGAGAAGGAGACUGUCUACUUGGACAUGCCCGAGGAGCAAGAUCAAAAAUCACUUCCUAGCACAGAAACAAAGGUGACUUCUGGGAGAAUUGGGAAAGAGGACAAAAGAGGGACUACCCAGGAAAAGAGGCAAAUGAGCAUCAGAGAGGAAAAAAAAGCAUCCAAGUCCCCAGGGAAAGAGGACCGUUUAAACAGCAAGAAGCAGAAGGCAAAGGAUGAUAAGAAACCAGCAAAAUCUGUGAGUCGAGAUAGAAUUUUCUUGGAAGACCCUGUCCCUGACAGUACUGUGCCCUCUCAGGAGCCUAUAGAUCCCCUUGUCAUGAAGAAAUACACCCAAAGGCUGUACACUGAGGUCUAUGGGCUGCUGGACACCCUGCUAACUGAUCUGAUGGUCCUGGCUGAUGAGCUUGGCCCCAUAAAAAACUCUGAGGAUCCUUUGCGUCUUUGUACCUGACCCCCACGCCCAAGGAACCUUCUGAGAAAUUGGUUAACAGAUCAAUAAAGAGCCUUUAUGUUGCUACAA